AUGAAUAUAUAUUAGUAUAUUGAUUUUAUUUUAUAAAACAUAUUACAUCCAAAAACCUUUAUAAUGUAAGAAAUAAAAUAACAAAAGGAUUGUGUCUAAGACUUUCAGUCAUAUAAGAAAUCGACCUUAAUCAGGGAUCAUUUAUGAUACUAAAAAACUUGAGAAAGUGUCUCCAAAUGGUUUAAAGAUGAUGAUUCCUGGAGUAGGUGAAUUGAAUGACUUAGAUAAAUUUGUAUUGAAACCAUCCCCUAAUAAAUUUAGAACACUAUCUACAAGAAAAACAAAUGUAAUUAAUGAUAGUUCAGUUACACAAAGCAAAACUAAUCAUACAGAAAUCGUAAAGUAUUUAUUUCAACUAUAUAUAAAGAAAUUCACCAGUUGUUUAAGACUUAAGUAAAAAGAUUCCAUUAAAUAUGGCUAAAGAUAAAGUAAUAAAUUAAAUAUAUAUAAAUAGGAUGAUUUAUAUGCAGAAACUGUGUAUUUGAAGGAUAUUAUAAAUAAGUUAACUUAAGAAAAUUAUGAUCUAAAAGCAAAAAUGAGAUUUUUAAAUAAAAAUACUGAGAGGAUGUAAACAGUUGUACAAAAUGUAGGAGGAUAUUUAUAAUAAAAAUACGUUGCUGAUAAACAAGAUUUAGCAUUGAUGACUAAAUUAGGAAUUAGUGAAGUAUGUAAUAUUAUUUUAUACUUUAUAUAGAAUCUAUUGACAAUAACUUUAAAGAAAUAAAUUAAAGAAUUACGAAGCAUGAUUAAAUAAUAGAAUGAAGAAAUCUAAAAUUUAAAACAUGAUAUAAAAUAUACUAAAAUAUAAGAAAUGGAGAAGGAAAUUAAUGUAUUUUAAGAGGAAACACUUAGAUUAAGAACUCUAUUAGAAUAAUCUUAAAGAAAUGAAUAAAUAAUUCAAAUGACACAUGAUUUUAAUUAAUUUGAGGAGAAAUUCUAUAUUUAAAUGCAAAUUAUUAAUUCUCUUAAAUAAGAAAACACAUUCUAUUAAGGUUAAAUAGCAAUUGAAUAAGAAGAAAAGUUUAAACUGUAAAAUCAAAUUGAUACAGAUUAGAAAGUUCUAAAUAAAUAAAAAUAGAUAAUAGAUGAUCUUUAAUAAACUCUUAAAGAUAAAUUAGCUUAUAUUGAUGGACUUUAGUCAGAAUUAGAUGCAUAUAAAGAUACAAAUUAGAAUCUUAUUUAAAAAGCUAAUAAAUUAGAUAAUAAUUAAUUAAGAAUAAUAGGAUUAGUUAAAAUUGAAUAAGAUUUAAGAAAAGAGCUUUAAUAGAAAACAAGAGAUAUUGAAUAUUUAGAUAAAACAACAACUGAGUUGAAAUAAAAAUUAAAUGAAAAAUCAUCGAUGGAAGCAAAGAUAAAGGAUUAAUUAUAAGAAGAAUUGAAGAAACUUAAAUUAGCAUAUGAAGAAUUGGAUGAAAAAUAUAAACAUUUAUUAUUAAUAAAUGCUUAAUCAAGAUUAAAGGAAACUGCUCCUUCUAUUUAGAAUAGGUAAGCUCCAACUGCAGCUACUCUUAAUAUAAAGACUUAGAGACCAUUAAAUUAAAAUAAUACUCCAGAUAGUAUCAAUUAAGAUAAAAAUUAAUAAUAAUAAAAAUUUAAGGUUAUUAAAAAAGAAGAUGUAGAACAUUUAGGAUUAGAAUUAAAUUAUAGAUUGAGAACUAAAAAAAUAACUUUACCAGAUGCAAUUGAAAGAUAUUUAUUUGAUAAUAAAAAUAAAAAGACAGGAGAAAUAAAAUUAAAAGAAAUAUCAGAAAGAUUAUAAAGAGAACCUUUUUUAUUACUUGAUGAAGAUUCAGCUUUAUUAGUUGCCAGAUAUCUUACUGAAGAUAAUUCUUAAGAAUUUGUAGUCUAUAAUGAUUAAUUAACAUAAUCUACAACUAUUGUUAGAAGCAUCUUAUCAAAAUUGGUAGGCACUUUUGAAAUUUUAACUACAGAUAUUGAAACUUAAAAAACAAAAGAAAUAACUUAAGUAAACUUUUAUUGAAAUUUUUAGGUUAUUAGCAAGUAUAAAAAUAGUUUAAAAUAAUAUUUUGAUUAAUUGCCAAGUAAAUAUGAAGGAUUAUUAGAAAGAAAAUAAAUUAUUGAAACAUUUGAAUAUAUGGAUAUUGAUUUAACUUCUGAAUAGUAUGAUUUUCUAUUUUUGAAAUUAUUCUCAUAUUCUAAUAAUACUUAGAUAUUUCCUUAUAUUAGAAUUUUUGAGAUUUUCUAAGAAAUUUAGAUAGAGAGAAGUAAAUAAUCUAAAUAAUAAGAAUAGUUGAUAGUGAUAAGAAGAAGAAAUCAAGGAAAAAAGAUUUUAAAGAUUAAGCUGAAAAUAAAAAUAAAAAAGUAGAAAUAUUUACAAGAAGACAAUCUAUGGAAUUAGCGAAUUGA